UUCCGCGUAUCCAUGACCUUGUUCCUGCACCUUGCUCUUUCGCAGAGACUUUUGAAUUAUAGACAAGAGAGCGGGUGAUUAUGGAUUAGACUUUUCAUUUGCCUUUAUUAUUUGCAAACGACAUUGAUGGAACCUUCUACAGCGCAGAUGGCGGGAGGACCCCGAGAUCGCAGAGCUGAUGCUCUUGGGGACCUUCGAGUCCUACCCGAUGAAAUCAUCUGUUCAAUUUUAGAGGAACUCACUCCUCGAGAUGUUGCUCGCCUCGCUUGCGUUAGCAGCGUAAUGUACUUACUGUGCAAUGAAGAACCACUAUGGAUGAUUUUAUGCCUUAAGGGAGCUUCUGGUUUACUUCAGUACAAAAGCUCUUGGAAGAAAACUGCGCUGCAUCACGAGAAUUUGCCAGACAAAUAUAUUGAGUGUAAUAGAGGAUUUCUUCAUUUUGAUGGAUUUAACUCGUUAUAUUUGUAUAGAAGAUUAUACAGGUGUCACACCAAGUUGGAUACAUUUUAUGUGGAUAAUGGAAAUGUAAGAAGAAAAGAUGUCUCUCUAGAAGACUUCCGUGAUGAAUAUGAUGGGAAGAAACCGGUAAUGCUUACUGGAUUGGCUGAUGCAUGGCCUGCAAGGCAUAAAUGGACAACUGAUCAGCUGUUGCUAAGCUAUGGAGAUGUAGCAUUUAAGAUUUCUCAAAGGAGUUCUCGGAAGAUCUUGAUGAAGUUUAAGGAUUAUGUUUCCUACAUCAAACUUCAGCAUGAUGAAGAUCCAUUGUACAUUUUUGAUGAAAAGUUUGGUGAAACUGCACCGGGCUUGCUGAAGGAUUACUGUGUGCCUCAUUUGUUUCAAGAAGACUUCUUUGAUAUUUUAGAUGAAGAUAAACGGCCACCCUACAGGUGGCUCAUAAUUGGGCCAGAGAGAUCUGGUGCCUCUUGGCAUGUUGAUCCUGCUCUCACUAGCGCAUGGAACACUCUUCUUUCUGGUCGCAAAAGGUGGGCAUUAUAUCCUCCAGGAAAGGUGCCUUUGGGAGUCACAGUGCAUGUCAAUGAAGAGGAUGGUGAUGUUAACAUCGAGACACCAUCAUCACUGCAGUGGUGGCUGGACUUCUAUCCACUUCUUGCUGAUGAAGACAAGCCAAUUGAGUGUACACAACUACCUGGAGAGACAAUUUAUGUUCCCAGUGGAUGGUGGCACUGUGUUCUAAACUUGGAAACAACUAUCGCUGUCACGCAGAAUUUUGUGAAUUCCAGUAACUUUGAAUUUGUAUGUUUGGAUAUGGCCCCUGGUUAUCGUCAUAAAGGAGUUUGCCGUGCUGGAUUGCUAGCUCUUGAUGAUGAUAGUUACGAACAUGUGAAAAAGAAUGUUUUCUGUGAUGAACAGAAUUUGAGUUAUUCCAUUCCGCCAAAGAGAGAAAAAAGAGCCAGAAAUCAUGAAAAUGGAGAUGAUUUGAAUAAUGAAAGAACAAAAAAUGGUGUAUCUAGGGCCUAUAAUGCAUGGAAAGAUGGAUUUUCUUAUGAUAUUAAGUUCUUAUCCAUGUUUUUGGAUAAAGACAGGGACCACUACAGGUCCCCAUGGAGUUCAGGCAACAGCAUUGGCCAGCGAGAAUUAAGAGAAUGGUUAUCCAAACUCUGGAUUGGAAAACCAGAAAUGAGAGCGCUAAUAUGGAAGGGAGCAUGUAUUUCACUAAAUGCUGGCAAGUGGUCAGAAUGCCUAUCUGAAAUUUGUUCCUUCCACAAUAUUCCCUCUCCCCUUGAUGAUGAAAGGCUUCCUGUUGGUACGGGUAGCAAUCCUGUUUUUCUCGUGGGAAACACAGUUGUCAAAAUCUUUGUUGAAGGAGGGCUAGAAGUUGCACUUUAUGGUUUAGGCACAGAGCUCGAGUUUUACAAUAUAUUGCAUGAAGUUAACUCCCCUCUUAGGAAUUGUAUUCCCGAGGGCUUGGGCACUGGAAUUCUUUAUCUUGAUAACGGAACUUACACCAAUCUGCCUUGGGACGGAAAGGGAGUUCCAGAUAUUGUUAUCAAGAAUAAUCUAACCGGGCAAAAAGGUGGAGUUGAUGAUUUCCUAUUUGGUGUGUGGGGCAAGAAGCAGUUUGAAUAUAGGAAUGCUGAGAUGCCAAAACAUGAAUCAGUUAGUUCAGCUGGGCACUCAAAUAUAUGGCCUUAUAUUAUAACAAAACGUUGCGAGGGUAAAAUAUUUGCUGAGUUAAGAGAUAUACUAUCAAAGGAAGACGUAACAAACUUAGCUUCCUUCUUGGGAGAGCAGUUGCGGCAUAUUCACCUUUUACCACAUCCACCAUUGAAUGUUUCAGCUUUCUCUGUCAUUGAACAGGAUUCAGGCUUGCCUGAGAUUAAUGGUUAUGCUGCAAGUUUUAAUAAUAAAUUAAACAUGAGAGCAGAGUGGGAAAUCUUUAUCAGAACUUUAACGAGAAAGAGGAAGGAUGUCUUGAGUCGCUUGGCUAAGUGGGGGGACCCGAUCCCUAGGAAACUGAUAGAGAAGGUCAAUAAAUAUCUUCCUCAUCAAUUCGAAAAUUUGUUGAACAUAACCGAGUCCCAGGACAAUGCUCGUAAACCAUGCUCCUGGAUACACUCUGACAUUAUGGAUGAUAACAUUUACAUGGAACCAUCAUGUGUUUCUACCGCAAGUGAAACCUCUAGACAGGGUGCGCUGGCAGACAAUAGAUCUUUAUGUGGUUCCAGUGUAAAUAGAGAUGUGAAGUCAUGGCGCCCUAGCUACAUCCUUGAUUUCAGUGAUCUUUCAAUUGGUGAUCCUAUUUUGGAUUUGAUACCAAUUUAUUUAGAUGUAUUUAGAGGUGAUUCUUAUCUCCUCAAGCUAUUUUUAGAAAGCUACAAGCUUCCUCUUGCAAUUAAUAUCUCAAAGCAUGAAUCAGCAGAGAAUGAUGAUAAAUGUUGCCGGCUUUCAUAUCUUGCCAUGUGCUACUGUAUAUUGCAUGAUGAUAAUGUCUUGGGAGCUAUAUUUAGUAUAUGGGAUGAACUUAGAUCAGCAAAUUCAUGGGAAGAGGUUGAAUUGACGGUGUGGGGGGCGUUGAACAAUUACAAAGGCUUUCCUUGACAUUUGGGGAAUGUAAUAAUGGUGCCUAAAUAGACAUUGGAGGAGCCCUCUUUAUAAAAGCACAUGUUUAAUAUUUCUGGCAUCUCACGAGAGAGGUGUAUGAUUCACAGCUAUUGUUGUCCAUAGGAUUUUAUGUUCUUUGAAUAUUUUAUUUGAUAAUUCAUAAUAAAGUGCCCCCCUGUUCAUAGCUGGUGCA